UUUCUUUUUUUCAAUGUGUGUAGUAUAGAUGACAUUAGCGGUAAGUGUGUUUGUAUUUGCAGGUAUAUAUUUAUAUAUAUUGUUUUACUGGUACACAUGCUUACAAAAGUAAAGUAAACUCCAAUGUCGCGCUCAGACGAACUUCGUUGGAGAAACACAAGUGUGCACGACCAAGAUGCCAUCUGUAUCAAUUUGAAAGUGAUCAGCUGAUUUCAUUUAAAAAGCGCAAAGGAACUAGAUGAUACUAGCAUAACUGUGAUUACUAUUUUAGAUGUUAUGGUGUUCAAUUCAACACGUGCUUUGUCUUUGCUUAAACCCAAAACAAUGACCAGAAGAAAAUAAUCAAAGUAAUAGAAGAAUAAACCAAUCACUAAUCGUUGGAUUUAAAUAUCUUGAAUCAUAAAUUUGUUGGUUAACUACAGUUUAUUGAUUUAUUUUGUAACUUCAUUAAUAAAAUGACUGAUAUAAUAAUGACGGCUUCAUCAGAACAAAAUGACGUAGAGCCGCCAGCGAAGAAGCCUCGUAUCGAGGAAAAUAACUUGGUUAUACAAGAACUAUUUGAAUGUCUUCAUCAAACUGGUCCAUUAGUUAUUGGGCCGGUAGCUAAAAGCCAUACUCUUCCCGGAAUAAUCGGCGCCAGUUUACCAAAAGUAUCAUCGGAAAAUCAGGAUGCAAUUAAAAGAGCAAAAAAGUAUGCAAUGAAAGAAAGCGUCAAAAUGGUUUUAAUGAAGCAAACUUUGGCCCAUCAGCAGAAUCAAAUGGCAAGUCAACGGAACCAAGUCCAGAGACAGCAGGCUCUGGCUCUUAUGUGUCGAAUUUACGUAGGAAGUAUUAGUUUUGAAUUGAAAGAAGACUCAGUUCGUGAAGCAUUUAUGCCUUUUGGACCUAUUAAGUCAGUCAAUAUGUCCUGGGAUCUAAUGACUCAAAAACACAAGGGGUUCGCUUUUGUAGAGUAUGAUAUACCUGAAGCUGCACAACUGGCGCUUGAGCAAAUGAACGGUGUAAUGAUCGGCGGCCGUAACAUCAAGGUCGUAGGAAGACCGUCCAAUAUGCCGCAAGCUCAAUCAAUCAUUGAUAAUAUAAUUGAAGAAAGUAAACACUAUAACAGGAUUUAUAUUUCAUCUAUUCAUCGAGAUAUUGAAGAAAAUGAUAUUAAAUCUGUAUUUGAAGCUUUUGGUCCUAUCAAACAUUGCCAAUUAUUUCGAGGAAAUUCAGCUAAUCGUGACAGAAAUUAUGCGUACAUCGAGUAUCAAACGAUGCAAUCAGCAGUUGAAGCGAUAUCUUCAAUGAAUCUCUUUGAUUUGGGAGGAGUUUGCUUAAGGGUAGGAAUAGCCAUUACACCUCCUAAUGUACUGAUGGAAUCUUCAAGUGGUUCAAGUACAAUGCCAACAGCUGCAGCAGUCGCAGCUGCUACUGCUACAGCUAAAAUUCAAGCAAUGGAUGCUGUUGCUAGUAACGCUGUUGCGCUUGGAUUAACAAAAAUAGGAGACUCUGACUCACCUUAUCCUGAUAUUCCUCGUUCAAAUUCAUCUCCGACGGCGGCAUCAAUCGCUCCAGUGAUUCCUCCACCUGGAGUAGUUAUUCCACAAAUGUUAUCAUCACAACCGAUAGGUACUCAAUACCUUUCCGGACAAUCUGUUAUCAUCCCGCCACCGACAGUAGUAGCCCCGACAGCAAUUGGAACGUUAGUUGUACCAGUAACUAAUUCACCAACCGUUGACGCUACUAAACGAGCAAAAGAGCAAGCUCAUCAAAAACAGCAGGAAGAAUUGCAAAAAAAAUUACUUGAAGAGACUGAAGUACAGACGCUGCAGCAACAAGAAAAUUUAACCAUCAAAGGUCCAAGUGCUCGACAUUUAGUUAUGCAAAAACUUAUGCGUAGGAUUGAAUCGCGUGUAAUAGUACUCAAAAAUAUGACUUCACCUGAAGAUGUUGAUGAAUUACUUGAAGAAGAAAUUAAAGAGGAGUGCUCCAAGUACGGAGUUGUUAAUAAAGUUGUUAUUUACAAUGAGAGGCAGUCUGAAGAUGAUGACGCUGAAGUAAUCGUGAAAAUUUUUGUUGAAUUUUCAAACAUAAGUGAGGCUGAACGUGCAAAAAAUUCUUUGAAUGGUCGUUAUUUUGAUAAACGACUUAUCACCUGUGAAUUUUAUGAUCAAGCUUUGUACGAUUAUUCAGACUUUUCCGGUUAAAUUUAUCAGGAUUUAUUUAAUUUUCUGAAAUUAUUAUAAUUUUUAUAAAAAACACUUAAACACUACAUAUUUAAUAUUUUAUU